UUCUCCCCUUUUCUUCCUUUGAAAGUGAAAAACCCUCCCUUGGAGCCCUCCAGCUUCCUGUCUCUUCCUCCCAAGCAGCCUAACAAGAUGGGCUUUGAUGAGGUGUUCAUGAUCAAUCUGGUGAGGAGAUCUGACCGUCGCGAGCGAAUGCUAAGAACUCUGCACGAGCAGGAGAUCAGCUGUAAGGUUGUUGACGCUGUGGACGGCAAAGUGCUGAACAAGACUGAUAUAGAGUCCAUGAAGAUCAAGAUGCUGCCGGGUUACAAAGACCCUUAUCAUGGUCGGCCCCUCACCAAGGGGGAACUUGGUUGUUUUCUCUCUCAUUACAACAUCUGGAAGGAGGGCAAAGAGGCGGAGCCGAGGCGGAACCUGCUGCCACCGAGCUGGAAGUUCCAGAGCUAGCUGAGGCUACCAAGCUAAGCUAACAUGCUCAGUAGUGCUGUUCUGUCACACUAGCCGGCUACCUACGUCUGUUACUCCCGGUCUAUUAAGGUAAGUGAACAUAAAACUGUUCAGCAAAACUUUCAAUAAUAAUGUAAGGUAUUGAGUUUUUGGGAUAUUACUUGCAUACAAAUCUUAAAAUGCCUUCAGGUUUCUAAAAUAUAUAUUUUGUGGUAAAUUCAACAGUUGACCCAGCAAAGAUUCAAAUAUUUGCAUGAUUUUAGUUAUUGAUUUUUUGCUGUUACUUAAUUAUACUUUUAAUAAAUUCAAGUGAAGAUUAGUUACAUGUGAUGGUAGCUAGUGAGUGCAGACAAAAUCAACUAAAUGUAUUGAAAUGACAAUCUUCAUUUUAUGUGCCUCUUCUUCUUUGAAAUUAAACUUUCAGACGUGAGAUAUUGAAAUACAGUAAUAGUAAUACAGUAAUAACUUCAUAUUUCUUAUUGUCUAAAGCAGGGGUCAUCAACCUUUU